CUGCCGGUUUCGUAACCGUCGCUCCUCCUCGCCGACUCGCGGGCUGCGAGGCCUGGGUCGGGUCGGGCCGCGCCGCGCGGGGGCCGCUCGGAGUGAAGGCCGUCUAGGGGGCGGGCGGGCCGGCCGGAGGCGCAGGUACAUGUGAAGAGUUUUUGGCAGUUGAGUGUGGCCUCUGCUCAUCACAUUGCUCUGAUUUCUACCUGUUCAGUGUUGGCAAGGGAACGUGCCCAAAUGAGCAAGCUGUCGCAGCCAGCCGCUCCAGGAGUGAAUGGAAUAAGCGUCAUUCAUACUCAGGCACAUGCCAGCGGCCUGCAGCAGGUUCCUCAGCUGGUGCCAGCUGGGCCUGGGGGAGGAGGCAAAGCUGUGCCUCCAAGCAAGCAAAGCAAAAAGAGCUCACCCAUGGAUCGAAAUAGUGACGAAUAUCGCCAGCGCAGAGAGCGGAACAAUAUGGCCGUGAAAAAGAGCCGGUUAAAAAGCAAGCAGAAAGCGCAAGAUACACUGCAGAGAGUGAACCAGCUCAAGGAAGAGAAUGAACGGUUGGAAGCCAAAAUUAAGUUGCUGACAAAGGAAUUAAGUGUACUGAAGGAUUUGUUCCUGGAGCACGCACACAACCUCGCAGACAACGUGCAGCCCAUCAGCACUGACCCUGCUGCGGCCAACCCUGACAGCACAGGGCAGUAGAGCACCUUCCAGACGACACAGCUCUGUGACUUGAAUGUGCGAGGUGUAAUCACCCUGCACCUUUGUUCAGUGCUAGACUUGGUCUUUUCCGUUGGAGGUUAUUUUCUGGGUUCAUCACUGAACAGCUGAGUAGCCAUGUAAUUUAUCUGGUCCUAAAUGAUAAUGGAUUUCUGAAGCACUAAAAGAAAACUUAGGGGUUAUGGUUAAAACAGAAUUCUUGGACUUGAAUAUUCUUAACAAAUCCUGACUUCCCCAAAAUGCUUCUUCUGUAGGAAUGGGAAAAUGGGAGGUCAGAUAGAAAAAAGGUCUGGGUUUUAAUGAGACAAGACCUCGGGUUAAGAAAAGCUUAACUGACUUCCACCUGUGUUCCUCAAUUUGUGAUUUUAUUCUAAAUUGUGUAUUGUAAAUUCUAGGGCUACAGAAACCAAUCAUAAUACUUUGGCCUCGUUUUAUAGAUAGUAUAAACCUUUGUUAGCAUAAUUGACAUAGUUUUUUCCAACAAGUACACAUUUUCAUAAAUGUCUUUAGGUGACGUAAAGAAUCCCAUCAGGCCACAUUAAAGAGGUAGCUGAAGACACAAAUUGCAUUUAGGAAGGAAAGAAGUAAUUUUGUGUUUUUUUCCCCCUUAUUUGUUUUAAAGGACAUAGAGAGUGGGAUUGACCUUGGGGCCUCUGCUUACUGGAUGAGCACAAUCUGUGUCCUAAAAAACAGUAUCUACUGUAUGCUGAAUUUUAGUUUCUGUGGAUAGAAGAAAAGGUAGCAUUUGGUUUGGGGGAGAAACCAUUUUUUGACAGCCAAGUUAGUAAAUAAAACACCUUGGCUUGAUGAUACAGACCAUGAUUUAGAAUACUCUAAUUCAUUUGGUUUCUCCUUUGUUCAGAAAAAACACCAGUGGGGCCGUGAUUUUUACAGGUAAAGUUUUUUGUGUGUGCUUGUGUGAAGAGGCACAUUUUGGUAUUUGGUCUCAAUUAAGUGGUUAUUAGAAAAAUGUACCAACUUCAUGCCAUCUCUCAAAAGAAUAGUCAAAACUUGAAAGUAUAAGGUUUGAAUCUUUAAUUUAUUUCCUAAAUCUUUUUAUUUCUUUUUUGAGGAAUCUCUUUUCUAGUUUAGUGGGCUGUUCUUCCAGACUUCAUGUGUUAUUGCUUUCAUCAGUAUGCUUUUGUGUUCUGGAUAAAUUAUUUUAGAGACAAAAUGCUGACAAAACUCAGGAUAUUGACUUUUUUGUUGUGAAACCGAAAGGCUGGUAGGGCGUCUCUAGGGGCUGCUUUUUUAUCAGUGUUGUGCUAUAGAAUGGCUUGGUGACUCAUGGUUUCUGCACAGUUCCAGCCCAAGUUUGGUGGUUCCUGAGGUGGUUGGCUAAACAUGACUCUUGGUUGAUCAAGGUUUGUGUUGCUGGGAGUCCUGUUUGAACGUGGUCAUUUCUGGCCAUCUUUCCUACUAGGACUUGGUAUCCAUAUCCCAGUGUAACCUGUUGCCCCUCAGCGUGGCAGGAAGAGUGCUGACUCUUCUCCUGGGCAGAGCCUGUCAGUGCAGCUCAGCAAAGCUGACGACAAGACAGGCAUGUCUCAGGGAGCCAAGAAAUGAGGGGGUUUUAAAAGUUAGGGUUCAGCACCAGUUUACCUUGGUUUGAUAGAUGUUUCGGGUAGCUAGCAAGGAUGCCCCCAUAGAAUCCUAAUCUUUACCAGUACCUACAAUAAGCAUUGUAGGUAGCUACAAUAGGCAUUGGAAACUCCUGCCCCAAACGGCAGCUUUCCCAAGUGGAUGGUUCGUGGAGAUUAUGGUUACCAGAACUUUAAAAAGCUGUAGGGAAGUUAGUGCUCAAUAUUUCAAGUCACAAUGAACGGGUGAGUUCCAGCCUUGCCCUUACCUUUGUAGGUCAGACUGGUCGCACAAGUGAGCCAUCUUCACUGAACACAUGUUAGCUGGUGUUUGGACUUUCUCACAAAGGUGGGAGUGCUGUUUAGCCUGAUAGAUGUAUCAGUAUAAAACAGGGAAACUAGGUUUGGGGAGUGGGAAAGCUUAAAGCUUUGGAAGUUGUAGAGUGACUUUUGAAAGUCUUGUUCCUGGGGAAGCUUUAUGGCUAGGUCCGGUGGCUUAGGAGCCACACUACUGUGGAUUAGCCAUAUCUGUGUCUUCUGGGAUGGGUGCCCUUUGACUAGUUCUGGGUGUGGAGGAGGGGUCAGAGCUGCCCCUCUGCGCCCUGCCCUUCGCAUCACAGCUGACUCUGGAAUCUUAAGGAGGAUUUUACUAAAAUGUCACUGGGUGUUUGAGAUUGCUCAGUUUUCACAGUUCUCAGUUUAUGGAAGUGGAAACAUGUACAGUUUGAUAAGAAACAGCUUUUGUUACUUCUUAAUCCCCCCACUGGAGGGCUGAAGCUUCGUGCCUAAACAACCGUGGAGCACCUACCGUGCUUCUGAUGCCUUAGAAAUAGGAAAGACACCUGUUUGACAGGCGAGGGAAGACUCCAUUCUACAGCUAAUCAGAUCUGCCUCAGGAAAAAGCACUAACUUGUUCUUUUGUUCCUGGCUUUCAGUUUGUGAGAUUACUCUAUUUUUUUAAAUAAUUUUAUUUCUUUCAACGAAUUUAAAAAUAAAACAUCUUUGGAACAAUGA